ACAACAACAACAACAACAACAACACUGCAAUCACAUAAACAACAUUCACAUUGUUAAGGUUUCCACUGUUUUUCAUUCAUCUCUCUCUCUAACUCGAAUAAAGCUUGCUUCGUGUUAUCUAAAAUUACGCUUGUCUCGCGCACAUUCUUUCGCUCUUUUAUGGCCCUACUCUGACCUCGUUCCUUUCCCACAACAACCAAUCCCCAACCCAGCAUAGUAAUAGUUGGAGAAAGCUAGUAAUUUCAAUGUACUUGAGGAGAAUACAGUGCCGAGAUCGGAGAUGGGCCUUGUUGUUGCAGCCAUCUAAAUACUUCUUUAGACCAAAAUUCUCUGAUCAUCCAUUUCAUUCCUUGUCCAAUAAGACCACUGUGAAAGAAUAUGCUUCACAUGUCAGUAUCACCAGAAGACAUCUUCUAGGUUCAUAUUCAUCUAGAAACAGUUUUUCUGGUCUGGACCAAAGGUGUAGUGUAAGUCUCAAGAGUACUCAGUUACGCGCUUACAGUUCUGAGAGUGAUGGAAGAAAUGCUAGUGAAAAUAAACAGGUACACGUUAAUGAUGGAGCUAACUUAGACAAGGGACAAAAUCAACAAAAGAAGUCUCGGGAAGAUGUCAAGCACUGCAAUGCACAUGCCCAGCUUGGAGAACAGGAUCAAGAGGAAUGGCUAAAGAAUGAGAAGCUUUCCGUAGAAAGUAAAAGGAGAGAAUCGCCGUUUUUGACAAGAAGAGAUAAGUUCAGAACUGAGUUUUUGAGAAGAAUUGUUCCGUGGGAGAAAAUAAACGUUUCUUGGGACACAUUUCCUUAUCACAUUCAUGAGCAUACAAAAAGUCUUCUGAUGGAAUGUGCUGCUUCACAUUUGAGACAUAAUAAGUUUACUUCAACCUUUGGUACUCACCUCACUUCUUCAAGUCGAAGAAUAUUGCUUCAGAGUAUUCCUGGCACUGAGCUCUAUCGGGAGAGAUUAGUUAGAGCUCUUGCACAAGAUUUACAAGUUCCAUUGUUGGUGCUUGAUAGCAGCGUCCUUGCUCCUUAUGAUAUUGAUGAUGAUUUAUCGUCAGAAUAUGAGUCCGAUGAGGAUAAUGAAGAAUCUGGGGAGGAAGGUUCUUUGGAGUCAGAGAAUGAUGAUGAUAAUGAUGCUAGUAGUGAAGAAGAGUCUACUAGCAGUACUGAUCAUGACGAUGCACUGGCAUCUGCUGAAGCAGCCCUAGAGAAGGUCAAAGCGGCUGUUCAGAAACUUGUCCCAUAUGAUGUUGAAGAAUUGGCUAAGAUAACACAUGGAGAGCCUGCGGUUUCUGAGCCAUCCAAGUCUAAUGAUGACAAGUCCGAUGAUAAAUUUGGAUGUCAGCUAAGAAAAGGCGACCGUGUGAAGUACACUGGGCCAUCUAUUGAAGUUACAGAUGAUGAUAGGAUAAUACUUGGGAAGAUACUGACAUAUGAUGGUUCAACUAAUGCUUAUACUAUUAUACAUAGCAGGCCUUUAGCGAAUGGUCAGAGAGGAGAGGUAUAUGAGGUUAAUGGAGAUCGAGUGGCUGUCAUUUUGGAUAUUAGUGAAGAUAGGGAAAAUGAGGUUGAGCUGGAAAGUGUUAAUAACGAUGGUAGAAAGCCACCAGUUUAUUGGAUUAAUGUUAAGAACAUUGAGCAUGAUCUUGAUGCUCAAUCACAGGAUUGUUACUUAGCAAUGGAGGCUUUACGUGAGGUUUUGAAUUCCAAACAACCUCUGAUUGUCUAUUUUCCAGACGGUUCACAGUGGUUGCAUAAAUCAGUUCCCAAGUCAAUCCGAAGUGAGUUUUUUCACAAGGUUGAAGAGAUGUUUGAUCAGUUAUCUGGCCCCAUAGUAUUGAUUUGUGGGCAAAACAAAGCUCAGUCUGGAACAAAGGAGAAAGGACAAUUUACAAUGAUACUUCCAAACUUCGCUCGCCUUGCUAAGCUGCCUCUUUCUCUGAAGCGUUUGACUGACAAAGGGCAAAAGACAUCAGAUGAUGAUGAAAUUAACAAGCUCUUCUCUAAUGUGGUAUCUAUACAGCCACCCAAGGAUGAGAAUCUACUGGCAACAUUCAAGAAACAACUUGAGGAAGACAGGAAAAUUGUGAUUUCACGUAGUAACUUGAAUGAACUACGGAAAGUUCUCGAAGAACAUCAGCUGUCAUGUGUGGACCUCUUGCAUUUGGAUUCUGAUGAUGUCAUUUUGACUAAGCAAAAAGCUGAAAAAGUAGUGGGCUGGGCAAAAAAUCAUUACUUGUCGUCAUGCCUGCUUCCUUGUGUUAAAGGAGAUAAAUUGUGUCUGCCUCGGGAAAGUCUUGAAAUCGCAAUCUCAAGGUUGAAGGGGGUGGAAACAAUGUCAAGGCAACCUUCUCAGAGCCUCAAGAACCUUGCGAAGGAUGAGUUUGAGAGCAACUUCAUUUCAGCUGUUGUGCCUCCCGGUGAAAUUGGGGUGAAGUUUGAUGACAUAGGUGCUCUUGAAGAUGUGAAGAAGGCACUUAAUGAACUUGUUAUUCUUCCAAUGAGAAGACCUGAACUUUUCACUCAUGGAAAUCUAUUACGGCCUGUCAAAGGAAUAUUACUGUUUGGUCCACCUGGAACUGGGAAAACCCUUAUGGCCAAGGCACUUGCCACAGAAGCUGGUGCAAACUUUAUCAGCGUCUCUGGUUCGACCCUUACUUCAAAGUGGUUUGGAGAUGCUGAAAAAUUAACCAAAGCACUUUUCUCAUUUGCCAGCAAGCUUGCUCCUGUCAUUAUAUUUGUUGAUGAAGUUGACAGUUUGCUUGGUGCUCGAGGUGGCGCUUUUGAGCAUGAGGCCACUAGAAGAAUGAGGAACGAGUUCAUGGCUGCGUGGGAUGGAUUGAGGUCAAAAGAAAACCAAAGAAUACUCAUCCUUGGUGCAACAAACCGACCAUUCGACCUUGAUGAUGCUGUUAUUCGUCGCUUACCACGAAGGAUAUAUGUGGAUUUACCAGAUGCUGAUAAUCGAAAGAAGAUUUUGAGAAUAAUUCUUAAACAUGAAAAUUUGGAUCCUGAUUUUCAGUUUGACAAACUUGCUAACUUGACUGAUGGAUACUCUGGCAGUGAUUUGAAGAACCUCUGUAUCACUGCUGCAUAUAGACCUGUUCAAGAGCUCUUAGAGGAGGAAAAAGCGGGAGACAAUAACAUCACAAAUGUUGCAUUAAGGCCUCUUAAUUUGGACGAUUUUGUUCAGUCGAAAUCCAAGGUGGGACCAUCAGUUGCUUAUGAUGCAGUAAGCGUAAAUGAGUUGAGAAAGUGGAAUGAAAUGUACGGUGAGGGCGGCACUAGGACCAAGUCACCAUUUGGAUUUGGACAAAAUAACCAGUAGGAAUUGUCUUUCUGUCCGGCGAAGCAAUUUACCUGAUGAAGAAAACAUGGCAAAGAGUUCUCUACAUUUCCACAGCCUAUGAAUUUGCCAUCUCUUGCCAAAUUAAUCGUUGUUUAUGCAUACAAAUUUGUUCUCUUUAGGAAGCUGCCUUUCAAGGUUAAUCCGUUGAGCUAAUUUAAGAGUAGUUCUCAGUUUGAUGUGUUGUAAUGAAAUGUAGUUAGCCUCUAAUUUAGUCUUGGGAAUAUCCAGUCGUAUGUUAAACAAUAGGGGAAAUUUCCCCAAUUAAAUUUUGACAGCAAUGUUUCAUAGCAAUAAUUUACUGAUUUCCAUUAUUAUCAA